CACCUUCGACUUCACCCCUCACGACUUACACGCGGACACGCGGCAGCUCAUGAGCAAUGCCCGCAAGACGUGCCUCCGCCGGCCAUAAUAUAGCCAGCUCUUCCCGUGUUCACAGGAGCAAUGGCUCAAAUCACAGUAUAUCGGCGCAGUCUCCGGUCCUCCAAUCCCAUAACCUCCCAUACGCAUCAUCCACGACGAACAUCCCGCCGUCCCCGCAGCAAAAAGUAGUCCAAGUCCUCAUUAACAGGCUCAAAAACAAGCUUCCAUGUAAUUCUGGUAUCUCGUUAACGGCGCUGGAGGCGGACGAAGCGGUGCAACAGACGGUGGAUUCCUUGGUCGAGCUCUCGAAGGACUCGCUGGACAUGAUCUCGCUCGCUCUGACGGAACAUCUGGACAAACUUGCGAAGCAAAUCGAGGGCGCGGGCUUCCGGAGCGCGGAUGUCCUGCAAUCACAGCUCUUCCUCCUCAAGGUGCUUUCUCUGGCCAUGGCCUCUCGGUGGGGGUCGCUCCCCGAUGACACGAGACCGAACUCCCGCGGAAGCAAGCCCGCCCCAUCAUCCAAACCUGCUACCCCGGACUCGUCCGCCCCGUCCGGCCGUGGCCGUUACGGCUCCGCAGAACAGCUCUCUACCCCCACCACCACAUUACUCGAGCCUCCGGCCCUUGACGACAAUUGCGCCCGCUACAUCAUCAGUGUUAUGGUUCUCAUCCUGCGCCAGACUGCCCCCAGGAAACACCGUCUUGCAUCCGCAGCGAACCUAAGCUUCGACGCAUCUUUCCAGGACUUCGAGUCCGUGGAAUCCCAUGAGUUUGGCUCUAGUGAUGACCCCCUUGGCGCCGUUCCGCCCGUCAUCUCCGGAUUGCCAAGGACCAUGAACCGUGCGCGGCAUCCGUCGUCGACCUCCCUCAACUCCGCAGGCCCAAGCAGCUCUGCCUCCAGCCGGCUGCCUCAACAUUCCGUCGUGUAUGAGAAGACAUCAUUCAUGGUGGCGAGGUCGAUACUGUCCCUGCACUCUUCCAUCGCGAAGUACACAGGGCGCAUCAUCUAUCACCUGUCAGCGUCCAACUGGGCCGUGGUUCUCAGCAGAAUACGGCAACGCAUCCACAGCCUUGCCGGUUCGGCGGACGCGGAGCCCGACACCGCUGACCUACAACUUAUCACGCACAGUGCUUUGGACAAGGUGAAGCUCGUGCAAUGCUUGCAAGAGAUCUCUUCGCUCCUCAUGAACCUCAAGAAGGACGCCCAGGUGCCGGUGUCCAUCGCGCUCAGGACGGCUAUUUGGAACUGGAUAGAGCUCUGCCCGGAAGAGUUCAAUGAGGCUCUCCUGUCCCAUCGUCGUCUAGAAGGCGCGCCCGAGCGCGUCUACGAUCUGCUGUUUGACCUGCAAGAGAACACACGCGACAAGGCGGGCGCAUGGCCGACCCUCGCCGUGUUGCUGAGCAUUAGCUAUGACCGCAUGAAGAUUGAGUACGAGACGAACGCGAUCGGUGCACACAAGACCACUUAUCGGAAGGAACGCAACUUCACGGAGCUCCUCCUCAGAAACCUGCCCUACGGCUCGAAGAACUCCGAAGUCAGCAUGGUCUGUGCUAUCGAUGUUUGCAGAGCAGCGUCCAGACUUCGACCACCAGAAGGAGAGGUCGACGUCCCUCUUAUCUCAACUGCCUUCGACCUUGCACAUGAGCUCAAGUUGACCCUGAUGAAGUGGACCAAGGACAAGCCGUUUUGGGAGUGCCCUGACGAGAUUGACGUCGCCAUGAUAGCAGAUGCACUUGCUUCUCUUUACCGCUUUUUGCCAGAAGACGAGUCGAUCUCCAUCUUCCUGCAGUGUCUCGAGCCUGAACGGUCCGAGGCCGUCAAGAUCUGCGUCGUCAAAGCCUGCUUAGCUUUGAUCGUGGAGGGUUGGAAACUGCCUUGGCAGAAAUCGGUCACACCAUUGAAGGAUGCACUGCAGACACGGCUAAAUGCCAUAUUCUUCAGCGUGUACACCCGGCGAAGCGAAGUCGAUGCAAACGGCUCCUCCAGGAAGAGCGCCAUCCGCCCCAAGGCAAAGCGGUACACGUCCGAAACCCUGCCUGACAGAGAUCUGUUCAUCUUGAGCCUGUUAACGCUGUGGCGCACCGACAUCUGGUGGUACCACGACUGUCUGCAGCCGGGGGAGAUUGACGGCGUGUUCGCAGCGUGUGUGACCGUGUACAGCGCACCGGCCGAUCCUGCCGUCAAGUGGUCCUUGGGCAGGACGUUCCGGUAUCUCAUCGAAUCUGUCGUGCAGUUCCCGCGGGACAGCCCACGGUACCCGCUGCUCGUGAAGUGGGUCGAGGAAGUCGGUCCUGCGAUCUUGGCGUCGGUCGCCAACCACCUGCUCAACACGCGCACGGACCUCCAGUCUCAGCGCAUGUUCAUUCAACAGCUGUACGAGAUCAUGUACUGCUAUGCGAACCCCGAGUCGAACAAGCAGCUGCAACACGCCCUCCGCAUUACUCCGAACCGGGCAUCUGUCUUCGCGCUCACCGAGAUUGCCUUCCUAGUGUGCUUGUGCUCUGCUGAUGGCGUCGUCUCUCUGACGGCCUGCAAUUGCCUGCGGUUGCUGACGCAAGUAGAGCGCAAUCCCGACGCGCCGCCCUACGCGGAAGGCAACGAGGAGGAAGCCAUGAAACGUCAUCCUGUCUACGAGCAACUGGGAGACCCCAAAGUAUCAAUGAUCGGACGAGUUGGACACCAGAAACGCAUCCGCAAGCUUAUGCGCCUCAUCACAACCCCGACCGCUGCCCACGUCGCCGUGUGGCAGGAGCUGUUCUUCCGGUGGUGCGCGCUCACAGAGAUGACCAUCCGUAUGACCUUCGAACAGACAACGGACGGCUUCGAGAACGGCUCGGCCCCCAUCGGCGACAAGGCGCUCAGCUUGGAGGACCGGCAGGCGCAGUGGCAGAACCUCACGCUCUUCCUCUCUGCGUUCGGCGCCGCGUGCAUGCGCGAGCACCACGACCCGUCCGCGCUCACCAAGAUAAUCCCGCCGACGAUUAUCCCCGACUGCUGUCGCGUGCUCCGCGACCCGUCGGAGCUGCUGGCGAACUUCCUCACGGAGACGGUGAACUUCCUGGUGUCGGACGCGCCGCAGGUGCGCGACAUCGCGAGGGAGGCGCUGAGCAACGAGGCGAGCCCGCGGCUGUACGGCCGGAUUGUGAAGCAGCUUGAUGAUGUCAUUCGGAUGGUGACCGACGACGAGAACGUCAACACGCCGGUGCUGGCGGUCUUCCUCGACCAAUUCAUCACUAUCCUGAAGGUGCUGCUGGAGAACUCUCAGGGUCUCGCCGAGGACAUGCGGUCUAUCGACGUCCCUUCCACGCUGCACACACUCGCUACGUUCAUCGGCAGGGUCGACGACUCGGAAGCACAAUCUCUCCGCCUCAAGCUGAAGUUCUGUCAGCUCUGUGGAAGCGUGUUCACUAAGACCGACCCCGUUCUUAAGCGAAACAAAGAGUCGGCCGUGCGUCAGAGUCUCGUUGACAUUAUCGUCGACUGGGUCCAGGAUAACACUGUCGAGGACGCGCAAUUGAUGACGCUGCAUUACGAGCUGAACGUCGCCAUCUUCAAGGCUGCGGUGGCCUCGUUUGACCGCUUGCAGCUCGAGGUUUCGGAUGGCACUACAGGAGAAGACACCGCCCACGCCGUCUCGCGUCUCUUCAUCCGCUAUGCGACGUUCCUGCUGAAGACUUGGGAGGUCACGAGAUAUGACGGCAACGCCCGUGACGAUGGGAUCUCAGAGAAGUCGUCGAUGACGAAGAUGCGCGUACAGCAGCGGGACGGCGAACUGCGGGAAAUGCUCAUAGACGGUCUCGCGUCGCUGAUCAGCGCGAACACGGAAUGCGGCGUGAAGCACUGUCUGUCAAUGGCGGACGACCUCGAUCCUACCAGGCGGCUGAUCUUUGCGCACGUCUUCACCCGAGUGCUCAAGGAGGGUAUCAAGUUUGCUCACUACGAGGAGACUCCCGUCAUCGCCCGACAAAGUCGUCUUUGCGAGCUUGUGAAAGGUCAAGAUAACGUCCUCGCGUUGGCCAUCUGCGAGAUAUGUCCUCCGAACGAAGUUGACAGCAUGAAUGCCGUUCUGCUGAACCUGUUUGACACCAGGUCGUCUCUCAUGGGGCUGUUGAAGACCAUGAUCGACAACGAGAUCCAGAAGACGGACAGCGACACUGCGUUGUUCCGGAGCAACUCGACGUGCACACGAUUCCUGUCUGCAUUCGCCAGGGUGUAUGGGUACAACUACCUCAGGUCUCUCAUCCUGCCCCUCGUCAAGCUCGUCACGACUAUGCCGCCUGGCCGCGGCUACGAGCUGGACCCGUCAAGGGUCAGCAAGGAGGAGCUCAAGCAGAACAAGGAGACUGUGGAGCUAAUCACCUCCAAAUUCCUCGAGAUCAUUUCAUCCUCGAUACCCGCUCUUCCUUCGAUCAUCCGGGAGAUAUGCGCUCAUAUCGCUAAGUCGGUCAACGAGGUUUGGCCAGAAGCCAAGUUCGCCGCUCUCGGUGCCUUCAUCUUCCUGCGUUUCAUCUCACCGGCUAUCGUGACACCUGAGACCGUCGACGUCCCCGUCCCUUACGAUGCUACCGUCCGUCGAGGGCUCAUGGUGAUAGCGAAGAUCAUCCAGAACUUGGCUAACAACAUCCUGUUCGGCAAGGAAGCACAUAUGGUCAUCUUGAAUGACUUCCUGAAGGAGAACAUCGUAACGGUCACGAAGUUCCUGAGCGAGAUCAACAAAUACGUCCCUCCGAGUGCUGAAGACGAGGCGGAUGAGUGGCUCGAACGGACCUACGAUGAAACCGACACGAUCAUUCUGCAUCGCUUUUUCGAGAAGCAUGCCGACAAGAUCGGAAAGGAGCUGCUCAGCUCCUCCAAGGUGUCCGCGGAGAAGAUGACCCCUGAGGCGGAAGCCGCUGCCGCCAACGGUAAGCGGGCCUGGGAUGCGCUCUGUGCUGCGCUCGUCGACCUCGGACAACCUCUUGAGAGCCCGAAGCUGUCCCAGUUGAACAGUCGAGAACACCGAGAAUACCUCGACUUGAUGAUGAGAUGUGACCGUCGUGAUACCAACACCGUUCAAGAGCUGUUCGUGGAAGCCAUCGGCUCUCCUAAUGCAAAUGCUGUAUUUGUGCUUUCUGUAUCAAAGAUCGACGUGGAGGUUCUGGAUCUCGAACUAUUGCUAUAUUAUAUCUUCAAGUGUGUCACCUCUCCUACGAACGAGGGUCGAGACUUCGACAUGAUCCUCGACUAUACCGGAUUCACGUCCACAUCCCAAGUGCCCGCGCAAUGGCUCAAAUUUGCUGCGGAAACGAUACCCUUGGAUAUCUGGAAGCGGCUCAAGACGAUGCGCCUCCUGACGCCAAACACUUUCGCUCUUCGCUAUCUCCGCAGAUUGUACAAUAAUCUUACUUCCGGUACCACUGACGCAAUACACAUCACCAUGCACACGUCCUUGGGUGACCUUCUGAACAACUACUCCGACGGCCUGUCUGCGCCAUCCUUGAGCUACGCCAAUGUCUUGGAGGAUGAACCUGGCACCGAAUACGAGGAAGUGACCAUGCGGCAUACGCAUCCCAUGCGUGUCCCUGUCACCAUGCGAGUAUCCCAGAGUCAUAUCCGCAUCACGACGACCAAAGCGCUGCCCAUCUCGAAUGCAUUGUCAUGCAAGGCCACAGAGAUCAUCCCACUGGGCGAUAUCAAUGACGUCUACAACGUCUCGACGGGCCAUGAUUCUCACGAGUUCAUCAUCCGCAAGAUUCGACAGGGCGUCACGCUAUACUUCUCUUCUCCGCAUCGAGACGCUAUCGUCAAGACAGUCCGGAGCGCCAAGGGUCUUCUUCGUUCAGUGCAGCUACCUACCACAGAACGGCAUUCGAGGUUAUCGAACAUCAUCACCACCCUCCUGCGCAUUGCACUGCUGGGCAUCAGUCAAGAAGAAGAAGAGCCGCGUACUGCUUGCGUCGAGCUCUUGUCGGCGAUAUGCGCUUACCUGGAUUUCGAAGGACGGCCAGCCAUCCCUUCGAAAGGCUUCUUUGUCUCCGGACAUCCCGGCACAUUCCUGGUUACGCUUAGCGACAGUCUAGCUGGGCAUACUCCGCAGCUCACCAUGGACUUCAUCUCAGAGAUGUGUGGAGGCGUUUCGAAACUCAAUGUUGCUUUGAGGGCGCACUGCUACCAGUACAUGGGCCCGUGGACGAAGAACCUGGCAUGCUUCACCGAUCCAACCAGCCCGCACUACGAGCCAUCGGGGACAAGAUUCCGGGACUGCGUCCGUAUGCUUGUGGACAUGACGACGACAGAGAACGAACUUCAAAGCUACUUGCAGAAGUUCAUCUGGGCGGAGAUCGGCAAACUCGACACGAACACUGUUAACCUCAUUCUAGACGAGCUCAUGCGCGCUGCUGUCGACGGCGGGAUGGGUUCUUUGCGUUGCGAGAAAGUCGCAGAGCUCAUGACUUCACUCAACUCCAUCAACGUUCGCGGUCGCGUGCUGGCCCGAGUGCGCAAGGUCAUUGGCAAGACGUCCAUCAAACCCACCCGGAAUUUGGCCGACAACGUUCACUGGAACGAGAUCGCCUGUCUGACUCGCCUCCUCCUUGUCCUGGUCAACUCGGCGAAGAACUCAGUUCAGAUCCAGCUCUUCGUUCCCGAAACGAUGCACUUGGUUGCCCUCAUAGGCGCCUCAGGUCAGUUGUACGUGCGGUGCACGGUGUUCGCCAUCGUCACACAUAUGUUGCACGGCCUGUACUCCGUGCGGCUGACCGACGCCACCGCGAGCCCGGAGAUCCAGGCCAUGGUCGACGAGUGUGUCCAGCCAGAGGUCAUGCGGUUGUUUGGGCUCUGCAAACCCACGCCGACGAGCGAGUUCGUGCUCUACGACCCGCCGAACAGCAAGGCGGUCAUUGAUGACCUCGAGUCGCUCAAUCGCCUGUUGCUGCGAGUCAUGGAAACGAUCUCGGCAUCUCAGGGGCUGUUGAAUGUAUGGCGAGCGAGGUGGAUGAGCCUCAUCACCUCGUCGGCAUUCCAACUUUCACCAGCAGUCCAGAGCCGGGCCUUCGUCUCUCUGGGCAUACUGGCGACUUCGGACGUGGACGACGACCUGCUCUACCAGAUGCUCGUCGCCUUCAAGACCGCCCUGUCCCAGUCCAGCGAGACGGAUACGACCUCCGUGUUGAGCAUGCUCCGGUGCAUCACGAACGUCGUACCUGCAACCAGUGGCAAUUCGCGCUAUCUCUCGCAGCUAUUCUGGCUCGCCGUCGCGCUCCUCCAGUCCAGCCACAUGGCGCUGUACGUCGAAGCCAUCCGUCUGCUGCGGGUCACUGUCGAGAACAUGGCCGAGCACGGCCAUUUCAGGGAGCGGGGCGUCCCGGCCACGCUCCUCGAGGGCCGUAUACCCCUGGAGGACAUCGCCUGCCAACUAGACCACCUCCUCGGGCUCUCAUUUGACUCCAGCUUCUCAUUCUCGCUGGCCGCCACCAUCUUCAAGGGCGUCAGGCACUCCGCACUGCGGGAUGCUGCGGAGGGUGCCCUCCGGAGCUUGUUGAGCAUAACGGUCCGAUCGUGCGUGGAGGUCGAGCACGCGGACGACGGGCCAGGGGCGCCUGUGUGCCAGGACGUGCUGGGCUACUUCCUCGCGCUCCUUCCGAUGUCGACGCGGAUACACAGCCUCAAGCGCCUCAUGGAGGAGGCGAACGUCGACCCGUCCUGGCUGUCGGAGGAGACGCUCAUGUCCCAGGACGACGACGAAGCGGUGUACAAGCUCCCGAUCGGCCUCAUCGGCUUCGGGGACAACAACACUGCGCUGCUUGUGACGUCGUUCGUCACUGCGAUGCUCGCCACCGCGCAGGGGGACGACAACGAGUCCGCGAUCCUGUACAACAUCCUCUCGGACGUCGCAGACGCCUGGCCCGAUGUUAUCGGCAUGACGUACGAGAGCGUGCAAGACAAGGUCAAGGAGGCGUUCGCGAACUCGAACAGCCCGACGAUCCUGCAGGCCGUCUCGAACAUCUUCCGCGUCGCGACGCGCGAGAUCGAGCGGGCGAACAACGGCGGGCCGCCGAGCACGCGGGCGCUCGGCGUGGGCUCUGCGUCGACGCUGAGCACCGUCGACGAGGGCGUGACCCACGGGCCCGGGCGGAAGCACAUGAACGCGCUCGAGGAGCAGAGCAUGCAGGGGCUCGUGAACAGCUUCCAGUUCCUGCCGCUGAACCGCGGGCACGCCACGAAGAUGAUCCAGUGGAUCUCGGAGCUCGUCAUGAAGAUGAUCGAGUGAGCGCGUACGUGUCUGGACUCUGCAGUGUCUGUACAUAGUAUCGUAUGCACCCCUACCCUACUCGUCUCCUUGCUUGCCGCCCCUGACCCUGACCGCGAUCGCCGUACACCCCGAUAUCCAGUCCACUCCCUCAGUUACCCCUCUCUCAUCCUCUCUCACCCUCUCUUACCCUCUCUCU